GUGUUUUGAUGUUCCGAGCAAACCAUUGGCACGCAGUACGUCAGAUCAUCACUUUCCGUAGCUAGAAUCAAGAACAUGCUUGAAGACGAGCACACCACAUUCUUCAUUGUAAGCUAGUCCGUAGAUUCCUUGCGGGUGAAUGAGAGAUGACGCUGGUCGACAUUCUAACGGGGCCACCCGUCCUCCUUCCAUUCAAGCACACUUGGUUGCGUCACCACGGGAGCUUAUCAACGCGCAGAUUACCCUGCCUUAGGAACAAUGGGACGGAAAAAAUCUAUCGGAAUAGCCGUCUAGCCGUCGUGACUGCGCGGUUCAGUCGGGAUCGAUCGGAGCGGCCAAGGGGGGAGGCUCGGAGGGGAAACGAAGCUUCUGGGGAGGAUCGGUCUUUGAGAGAGGGUAGGGACUGGAGUGAGAGAGAAAGGCGUUUCGCUGGUGGAAGCAGGGGAAGGGAGCAGGGAGAUGAACCGAGGACGGCGAGGGGUAAUGCUGUGAAGGCUCCUCGUCCUGUUGAGGGUGACUAUAGGAGGAGUAAUUAUAGAGUAGUGGAGAGGGGACAGGAGGAUGAUGGUUGGGGAGCCGGUGGGGGGUAUGAUGGAAGGGAGAGGCGGGACGGAGGGAGGGGAAGGGAAGAGGGGGAUGGUUCAGGGUUUGGGGACAGGAAGGGUUUAAGCGAUGGGGAUGGCAAGGAGACGCUCCGGUAUAGGGAAGACCGGUACACGUAUGAGAGUAAGGAACGUGAAGGGUACGGACGGGGGAGGGGAGGGAGGGGAUAUGGUAGGGGACGGGCGACAGGGUACGAUGAGGCAAGGGGCGAGAAUGAGAGGGGAGCGACGUACGGGGGUGAAAAGGAGCGGUACCCUAGAGGCUCAGAGCGAGACGCUAGCGGUUCGGAGCGGUACCAGGGGAGUAGGGAGCGGUAUUCUGGAUAUGGCAGGGAGAAUGGGAGCAGAGAAGGGGGAGAUGGAGAGACGGAAUAUCGCACAAGGGGUGGGCAGAGGUCUGACGAGAGUGUGCGGGGGGGUGAGGGUGCGAGGAGCGAGAGGGGGGACUAUGGGGGGAGACGGGUGGGAGACAAUGGGGUGGAAGAGAGGGGGGGAUAUGGGGAGGGAGAUAGGGGCGGAUAUGGGAAGAGAGGAAGAGAUGAGUUAGGAGGGGAGGACAGGCGUGAAUAUGGGCGGAGAGAGGGCGGCGGUUAUGCGGUAACAGAGAGGCCCGGAUACGGGAGGGGGGACAGGGGCGGAUAUGGGCGGAGAGGAAGAGGAUCAUAUGGGGAGAGCACGAGGGGGAGGGGCGAGUACGGGGAGAGAGGGAGGGGUGAAUACAGAGGAAGAGAGAUGAAUGAUAGCGUGAGGAGAGAGACCGGAGAUAAUGACAGGAACGUGGCACCAGGCGGGCGUCUGGACAGGCGACUGGCACCAGAGGGGCGUCUGGCAACAGACGGGCAGCUGGCAACAGACGGGCAACUGGCAACAGAGGGCCAUUUACCAACGGAGGGGUUCAUCCGACUCAUGAACGUGGACGUGCCGUUUCAUGCCGACCCCGGCAAGGACGACGUUGCAGUGUGCGACGGGCUGGUGCGGGCCGCUGCUGUGGCGCUGCAUGUGAGGCCGGAGCACCUGCCUGCAUCGGCCAUCUCCGUCGUCCGCAAGUCCUUUGACGCCCGCAAGGCCCCUGUGUUCGCCUAUGCCAUAGACAUCGACGCCUCUGCCCUCGACCGGGCGUUCUCUCUCUCCGCCACGCCCCCUCGCAAGCGCAGGGACGUGGCCCUCAAGACGCAGCCCGUGCUGCCUGAACCGCCCUUCGGCCUCCUGGCUGCACGCACCACUCUUGCUGCUGAGAGUGCUACUCCUGCUGCUGCUUCUCCUGCUGCUGCUGCUGCUGCUGCUGCUGCUGCUUCUCCUGCUGCUGCUGCUGGCAGGAACACGGACAGCAGCUCGAGCCCCCCCUCAGGCGCUGUGGGGGCAAGCGGCAAGGGGGCGAGAGAGCGAACGCGCAAUGUGGUGGUGGGGAUGGGUCCAGCGGGGUUGCUGGCGGCGCUGGUGUUAGCAGAGGCGGGCGAGCAGGUGGUGGUGGUGGAGAGGGGGCAGCCGGUGGAGGAGAGGGGGCGCGACAUUGGCGCCCUGGCUGUGCGCCACGUGCUCAACCCCGACAGCAACUUCUGCUAUGGCGAGGGAGGUGCAGGCACAUGGAGUGACGGCAAGCUGACCACCAGAAUCGGCAAGAACAGCCAGGAUGUGCGGGAGGUGCUGCAUGUGUUGGUGCGCAUGGGAGCACCUGACCGUAUUCUCGUGGAUGGCCGCCCGCAUCUCGGCACCGACAGGCUCGUGCGCAUCCUGCAGCAGUUCCGAGCCUACCUGCAAGGCCUGGGCGUGGAGAUCAGGUUCGGUACAGUCGUGGACGACCUGGAGGUUCGGAACGGGCGGGUGGCUGGGGUGCGAGUGAGACCUGCUGGAAGUGCGGUGGGGAGCGGUGCUGAUGGGAGUGUGAUAGCAGCGGAUAGGGUGCUGCUGGGUGUGGGGCAUUCAGCCCGCGCGGUGUUUGACAUGCUGCUCUCCCACAACGUCCUUCUCACCCCCAAGGACUUUGCUGUGGGCUUCCGCAUAGAGCAUCCCCAGCGGUUGAUCAACGCCAUCCGGUACCGGCGGUGGCAGGGCAGCAUGGACGUGGAGGCAGCCGUGGCGCGGGGCAAGGGCAGGAUACCCGUGGCAGACUACUCGCUGGCAGGCCAGUUCACCCUGGAUGCUGAUUCACUCACUGGCAGCAGUGGCAGCAGUACCAGCAGCAGUGCUGGCAGCAGCACGGGCAGCAGUGUGCGCAGCUGCUACUCGUUCUGUAUGUGUCCCGGCGGGCAGGUGGUGUGCACGAGCACCACAGCCGACGAGCUCUGCAUCAACGGCAUGUCCUUUUCCAACCGGUCCUCCCUCUGGGCCAACGCCGCCCUCGUGUCCUCUGUUUCGGCGACUAGUGGCGACUUUGACGAGUUUGUGAAGGACCAUGGGCCCCUGGCAGGCAUGGAGUACCAGAGGGCAAUCGAGCGCCAAGCAGCCGUGAUGGGGGGUGGGGACUUCGUUGCUCCAGUGCAGCGGGCCACUGACUUCCUCCAUGGGACUCUCUCCCCCGCGUCCGCCCUGCCGUCCUCCAGCUACCGCCUGGGAGUGGCUCCGGCUCGGCUGGACCAGCUGUACUCGCCCUCCAUCACACUCGCCAUCCGACUCGCUUUAGAGGAAUUCGAUAAAAAGAUGCCUGGUUUCAUCUCCCCACACGCGCUGCUGCACGCUGCAGAGACGCGCACCAGCUGUCCGGUGCGGGUGGAGCGCGGGGCAGAGAGCUACGAGAGCGUGUCGCUGCCAGGGCUGUACCCGAUAGGCGAGGGCGCGGGGUAUGCUGGGGGCAUUGUGAGCGCUGCUGUGGACGGCAUGCUGGCAGCGAGAGCCAUUCUUCGAAGUGCUGCUGCUACCUCUCCCUCAUGACACUCACCACACCCCACCACACUCCACCGCACUCAUGACUCACCACACCACUCUCAGCCGCCAUGCUGGGGUCAUUGUGUGCACUGCUGUGGACGGCAUGCUGGCUGCUAGAGCCAUUCUUCGUAGUGCUGCCGCUACCUCUCCUGCAUCUCCCUCACGCUCAUGAGUCAUGAUGCUCACUCACCCUCAGCCUAGACCCCUAUGCUGUGGGCAUUGUGAGUGCUGCUGUGGAUGGCAUGCUGGUGGCUAGAGCCAUCCUCCGUGCUGCCGCUUAGACAACUUGGUUUAUAGGGUGUGGGUUAUAGACUCGUUACUCUGCACUAGCGUUUCAGUGAUCUGUACUCGUUUAGGGUUUAGGCUCAGGGUGUUUUCUCUGAUAUUGCACUGAACUACAUACUGGUAACAAUAUUUGGCCUCGGUAAUGUCAAAAGACUAGCUUAGCUAGGAAGCCAUAGAAUGGCACAAGGUUUAGCU